GGUCCCUGACCUGGAGCUAUUCCAUUAUCGAUAGCAGGUGUACAUUUACAGACACCAUGUCCAUAUGGGAAAGUGAAUACAUCUCCAACUUCUCAGAUUCCCGAAAUCUGUUCUCAGAUGCAACUAGAAUCUCUGUCGCUUCCUGCUUGAGUCAUUCAUAAGACCGCGUUAGGGACGGCAUCGAGUUGCGACUCUGCUCUUAUAUUAAUUUAUACUAUACACGUUCAAUUGGGUCCCUUAAUUCUAUCCCCCUAAAUUCCGGUCUCCGAUUUCAUUCCGUGCUUAGACGAUUUCCGCCCCUUCAUUUACUACCUAACUUUCUUAUACAUAUAUACAAUGGCCCAAACACUAGAGCAGCGAAGGCGGAACGCCAAAUUCGUUAAAGACCAAGAUGCCCGUCGCGGGAAGUCGGAGAACGACAUCAAGAAGCGCGGCAAGGAGUCGACUAAAUCGCCUAUUUCACUCUUCUGGCUCGGUAUCCUCGGCUUUGUCGUUUUCGGUGGCCUGAUUUUCGAAGUCAUCUCGCGCAUCUUCUUCCGAUGAGGAACUACAUUUACCGAGCGCGAAUAGUGUUGUCACCCGGGCCUAGUCGAGAAUAGGAAUCCAUUGGGAAGGAUUUACUAAGAUCUAUAUGGCUAUGGUUUACAGGAGGAGCCCGGGUUGCAGGUUAGGUUGGCGAUGUCUUAUUAAGUUAUAUGGGACAUUCAACGCGUACACAUGUAUAACCACCUAGGAGAACCAUAUGAUACCUGAGCGUUAGCUCUAUGAGAACAAUUCGUCUUUCCGGAAGUCAAGUUAAGGCCCCGUUAGUCUUACAUCCAUUUUCAAUAAAAGUCAUCUCACGUA